GCAAUCACUGCUGAAGGAGGCUGGUCCAGGAAAGAACACCUGCUGAUAGGCAGACUCCAUAGGAUGAAGUUUGGCGUACAUCCUUCUGGCUGAGAGACAAUGAAUUACAGGCUAUCAAGAAAGGCAUAUCCUAGGGACACAAUGCAUAUCUAGGCAACAUGGCUGACAGCAAGGCCAAGCCUGCCAAAUCUGCCAACAAGACACCACCCAAGUCCCCAGGAGACCCAGCCAAGGACAAGGCUGCUAAGAGGCUGUCACUGGAGUCAGAGGGUGCAAAUGAGGGGGCAGCUGCAGCCCCUGAGCUCAGUGCUCUGGAGGAGGCCUUCCGGAGGUUUGCCGUACAUGGGGACACCAGGGCAACAGGGAAGGAGAUGCACGGCAAGAACUGGUCGAAACUGUGCAAGGACUGCCACGUGAUCGAUGGGAAGAAUGUGACCGUCACUGACGUGGACAUUGUCUUCAGCAAGAUCAAAGGGAAGUCCUGCAGGACCAUCACCUUUGAGCAGUUCCAGGAGGCACUGGAGGAGCUGGCCAAGAAGCGGUUCAAGGACAAGAGCAGCGAGGAGGCUGUGCGUGAGGUGCACCGGCUCAUCGAGGGACGAGCGCCAGUCAUCUCCGGUGUCACGAAAGCUGUGUCUUCACCUACAGUGUCACGGCUCACAGACACAACCAAGUUCACAGGCUCCCACAAAGAACGCUUUGACCAAUCAGGAAAGGGCAAGGGCAAAGCUGGCCGCGUGGACCUGGUGGAUGAGUCAGGUUAUGUGCCUGGCUACAAGCAUGCAGGCACCUAUGACCAGAAGGUGCAGGGGGGCAAGUAGCCUUCAGGCCGAAGCUCUGCGCUGCAGGAGCCAGGCACAGGACUUACACCCAUUGCACUUCAUUACAUUCCUAUGUUCAACUGGGCAGAACUCAAAAUGCACCUCCACUAGGCAAUGGUAGGGGCAAUGCCCAGGCCUCCUCCUGCUGGGUGCUUUGACACUUCUCUCUCAGACCCCAGGUUUGGGCCAUCAUUCAUUGUCCUUUCCUAACAUACCUGCCCUGUCCAUAGCUGGGAAGUGGACUGCUACUUCCAAACUGUCUCCCAGGAUCAUACCACACUGGCCACUUGAUCUGCAGGUAAAAAGGGGUGUUUUGAGUGCUGGUAGUUAUAAGGAUGAGCAAAGCAGACAUCAGAACUCACUGACUUAUCCAGGCACUUCUAGGGCAGUAGGAGCUAAGGAACUAACCAACUGCAUCUUUCCUGACCACAGGACAAGACUGAGGCUAUCUGGUUGUUGUGCCAGUGUGUGUGUGUAACAGCUCACAUCAGUACACAUGUACACACACACACACACACACACACACACACACACACACACACACACACACACACACACGACUCAUGCUCAUCAACCAAGUCUGUGCUGAGAGUGGCCAAGAGACAAUGGAAGCCCUCUGGUUACCGGGGGAGUGACUUGGAGCACGAAGCUGGAAGUUUUUUCAGUGCUGGUCUAAGAAAUGGCAAGACUAUGUGCUUGGUUUCAAGAGUGGUCCAGGGAGAUCCAGAACAUGAAGCUGCCAAGACUUCUCCUUGCUCUAUCCCAUCACCAGGUUGGGACACACAUGAUGCUGAGACUUUCGAUCCAGACCAAGCCUGGGCAGUUACUCCACCAGUGUGAGAUGGGAGCUUCUGCCAGGGCAAGUUAUGCUGUGCUUUGCUCAAAAGUAUGUGUUUUCAGCUCUAUGAAGCCACCUCGAAGUUCAAUUUCCUAAUUUUUCUCUCAAGUGCAAGUGCAGGGCCCUGGACACCAGAACUAACCCUCCCCCCCCCCCAAAAAAAAAAAAAAAGACUUGCAGCAUCUACUAGGGUUUCUUUUACUGCCAUAGGAGAGAACACAUGACUCAGCUCAUCCACAUGUAAGGGCGCCACUUAGGCAGGCCCAAAGGCAUGUGCUGCCAUCAUUACAGCCCCACAGCAAUUGUUUCUUUGCAUGCAACUUGCUGGACUAUGUGUUCUUGUUCCUAGAAAGAACCCACAGUGGUCUCAGGACAUGGCUCCCAGAGCAGGUAGUUGUUGAGGGUGGGACAUCUUACAUGCCUUGGCACAGCAAAGGUAGACAGCAAGGCUGUCUUCCUCAUUGCCAUAGCACAUAGUAACAUUAUCUACUCCUCUGGUGCCCAGAGAGCAUAUCUUCACUGCAGCAUGAGAGAAGACUGCCUACUAGCCUGAGAGAGAAAAGCAGGGGCCUCAAUACCAGACCUCCUCCCACAAGGCCCUCUGAAGGUCCAAAGUUACCAAGCCCCUCAACACAGCUACAACUGGAGGAUGGGGAUGGUCCUGUAGUCAGCUUCUUCCCAAGGUUCUGAGAGUCUGCAGUACCUGGCAUUCAAAGCCAAGUAGUGGAGCCUCUGUUCUGAAAUCUGACCUCGCUGGUCUGGAGAAACAAAAAGGACACUGGCAUUUCUCAUACUCUCCUCCAGAACCCCUAGUCCCCAUGUGGCUGGCAGUCUCUUGGUCUGAUGCUGUUCUUUUCUACUGCCUAUGAACAGCCCAGUUGCUACCAUCAUAGCUGAGUGAAAUGGAACACACACAAAUUCAUCAGGAGGUGACUGCAUAUGGGCCAGGGCAGGCUAGGGUGGUGUCUGCGAGUCCCCAUAUAAGGCAGUGGGGCAGAUGUGUCCCUGACCCCAUAGUAGUCUGAGGACCCUGGACACAGUCUCCCAUUCAAAGGGCCAAGAUGCAAGAUUGAUGUCCAGAUGAAGACCCAGGCAAAGUCCAGGGUUAGCUGCCUGGGAGCACCAAGAAAACAGGGUUGCCUAUGAGCAUCGAGGAAACAAUUUAAGUGUCCACCUUCAUGGUCACCCAGCCUCAUGGAGAAGCUUCAUUAUCAACUGGCCACCUUGCCCAUGUGCUGGAGAUUGAACAGAACAGCUCAGAGUGGUGAGCCCAUAUAGGUUCUGGGCAGCAGAGGGCCAGAACUGCUAUCUCAGCUCCCACAGGUAAAAGCCUCAGCAGGAGAAGAUAAAAACUUCAGAAAGCAUUUGGUCCAGACCAGGCCUGGGCAGGUGUCCCAUCAGUGUGAGAUGGGAGCUUUUGCUCUAACACAACUUGGGCUCUGUAAAUGAAAACUGGGCCACUGCUUUGCUGGUCCCCGCUGUCCUAGCACAGAACCUGAACAACCGUGGGCUCCGGAGGGACAGUCCUAGCCCCUCCCAUGUAGUCCCUCAGCAGCACCCAGAAGUAUGCCAGACAAGUGGUCUUCAUUGUGUCCCUUCUUACUCCCUGAGUUCCCUCACACAUCACCUUCCUUUAGUCAGUGUUAAGUUUAACUUUGAAAAUACACCAUCCCUCUAGAUGAUACAUCAUCUAGCAAGGAAAGGGUAGUAACAAUUAGAUCACCAAGACUUAGUGUCUCCAUACUGUCAGUUUAAAGUGUCUAUGGAAUUCAUUGUGGCAUCUGUGUACCCUCUCAACACAGAAACUGGUUGGACUCCAACUCUUCUGCACAAAACAGAUGUGCAUUUCCCUCAGUUUCUGAUUUGAACACACAGGUAGGGUGUUUGUCUCUGUUGCAUGUUUUAUGCGAUACCAAUUAGCUUUUACUAAUCAUGGAUAAACAGAAUUCAGUAUCUAUCUGUGAAUUAAAAAACAAAACAAAACCCUGCAUAGCACGUAAACCGAGACCCAGAGCCAUGCGCUAUUAGGUGAUAGGAUAGACAUACAAGAGACAGGGACAGGUUCUCUCAGGUGAUGACAACCAGGACAUGACAUUUUUUUUUCUGGAGGGGAUACCCAGGAGACAGAGACAUACUCUGUUGUGGGCUGAUACCCAGGAGACAAAAAAGACACAUUCUUAUCAGGGGAAGACACUCAGGAGACAAAGACAGGUUCUAUUAAGGUGUGACAGUAGAAAAUAAGGAGAGGUUCUGUCAGGGGCAACACUCAGGGACAUGGGUUGUAGUGACAGAGAAGUUCUGUUGCAGGUGGCACUCAGGACAUGUUCUGUUGGGGUGACACUCAGGACAUGCUCUGUGUGGGGGUGUUAUAUACAGGGACACAUUCUGUUGGAGGUGACAUUCAGGAGAAAGGUACAGGUUGCAGGAAGAACAAUGUAGAUAAGAUCUUAAGUGUCAGGGAAGGAAGGUAGGUAGGUAGGGUGUUUGAGAACACUGACUCUAGUAGAAUUCUUAUUUAUUUCUAUUUAAUGCUAUAAGAUAAGCAACUAGUUAGUGGGAAUGUUUUACCAAAAAUCAAAGUUCAAAUUACAUGUUUAAAUAUUGUUGAAAGUCUAUAUUUAUACUGGAGUAUUUUUACACCUCUCAGUAUCCUAUCUUGCACAGGGGCAUAGGGACAUUAUGACAGAUGGAGAGAGUUCUAAGUGGGCUGCACAGCAGCCUCUGCCACUUUCCUGCAGUCUCUUCCUGGGAGAUGACAGGUGCCUGCCCUGGGCCAAGACUCACCCUUCCCACUCCCAGAGGCCCUGGGUGCUCCGGUUCGUUUUAAUGAAUUGUUUUACUAGCACAAGGCUGUACCCAGGUGUUUACAAACUGUUCUGUAGCUGCUCUGGCACUAGAACUGGCUGAGAGGAUUCAGACAAAUGCCAUGGCACAGACACCUAUGACAUUUGCCACCUGUGCCCUUUCAGGGAAAACUGCCUGUCUGUCUGCCUGGCUCUCUCUCCAUCUGCAGACUUGUAUACUACCUGGCUACAGCAUGGGCACAUUGGGAAAGCCCCGCCAACACCUUUUAAAAUGGCAAGGGUGACAAUUUAGCUGUACUGUGAAGACAGAAUAUCCUUCCAACACUGAGCCAAACUGCUCUUUUUCACCAACAUACUACUGACCAUUCUGAACUUGACAGUUCAGGGGUGUGGCCAUCUUGGGACGCUUAAAUUAUCUCUUCCUUUAGACCUCUUAAACUAAACCAAGCCAAACAACAAAGGAAGCCUGUACAACUUAAACUUGAAAGGAAUAAUAUGCUACUACUACUAGUUUGUACUAAGUUUUUUUCAAGAAAGGGAGUUAAGUUUAUAUAUAUAUGUGAUAUAUAUUUUUACACUAUUUUAUUAAUGUUAGGGAAUAUGGAGUAUAUCACUUUAUCAGUGUGAUGGGUAAUGUUGAUGUCAUGGGUGUUCUGACUCAGAAAGGCACUUAUGCUGACAUCUAAACUACACUUGCUCAGAAUGUCUGUCAGGUCAGGAUGGCCCUCCUGUCCCUCCUAUAGAGUGCAAGGCAUCUAGUCACCUGUUGGACGUAUCAUCAUGGCCUGGCUCGUAUUGCUUUAGUGAAACAGCUUGUGUCUAUCAACAUUUUGUUCAUUGUGUUUGCUGUUAUUAACAUUGUGUGUCAAGUUGGUAAAGUGAUGAAUAAAGGUGUUAAAAUGUGGA